AUGCUGACCCGCGCACCCGAUCAGGCCGACUGGAAGGAGGGCUUCAAGAAGAAGCAGGCCGGCGUGAGCGACAUGACCCUCCUCUCGACCAUCUCGAACGACAGCGUCAACGACAACCUCAAGAAGCGCUUCGAAAACGGCGAGAUCUACACCUACAUCGGCCAUGUCCUCAUCUCGGUCAACCCGUUCCGCAUGCUCCCGAUCUACGACGACACGACGCUCCACUCGUACCGCGGCAAGAACCGCCUCGAGAUGGUCCCGCACGUGUACGCCGUCGCCGAGAGCGCGCACUACAACAUGCGCUCGUACGGCGACAACCAGUGCGUCAUCAUCUCGGGCGAGUCGGGCGCCGGCAAGACCGAGGCGGCCAAGCGCAUCAUGCAGUACAUCGCCGCCGUCUCGGGCGAGGGCAGCAACGCCGGCGGCAUCAACGACAUCAAGGAGAUGGUCCUCGCGACCAACCCGCUGCUCGAGAGCUUCGGCUGCGCCAAGACGCUGCGCAACAACAACUCGAGUCGUCACGGCAAGUACCUCGAGAUCGAGUUCGACGCGCAGGGCAACCCGGUCGGCGCCAUCAUCACCAACUACCUCCUCGAGAAGAACCGGGUCGUCGGCCAGAUCAAGUCGGAGCGCAACUUCCACAUCUUCUACCAGCUCACCAAGGGCGCGUCGGCGGCGCAGCGCGAGGCGUACGGCCUGCAGGGUCCCGAGGCGUACGCGUACACGAGCAAGUCGGGCUGCCUCGAGGUGCCCGGCAUCGACGACACGCAGGACUGGGCUGAGACGCUCAACGCGAUGCGCAUCGUCGGCCUGAGCCAGGGCGAGCAGGACAACAUCCUGCGCAUGCUCGCCUCGAUCCUGUGGAUCGGCAACGUCGAGUUCAAGCCCGACCAGGACGGCAACGCCGCCAUCAAGGACGAGAGCGUGACGGCGUUCGUCGCGUACCUGCUCGAGGUCGACCCGGCCCAGGUCGGGCGCGCGUUGACGAGCCGCAUCAUGGAGACGCAGCGCGGCGGCCGGCGAGGGUCCGUGUACGAGGUCCCGCUCAACCCGGCCCAGGCGGCGUCGGUCCGCAACGCGCUCGCCAAGGCCAUCUACAACAACCUGUUCGAGUGGAUCGUCGACCGCGUCAACGUGUCGAUGCGCGCCAAGCAGCAGGGCCAGACCAUCAUCGGCGUCCUCGACAUCUACGGCUUCGAGAUCUUCGACACGAACCAGUUCGAGCAGCUGUGCAUCAACUACGUCAACGAGAAGCUGCAGCAGAUCUUCAUCCAGCUCACGCUCAAGACGGAGCAGGAGGAGUACGUGCGCGAGCAGAUCAAGUGGACCCCGAUCGACUAUUUCAACAACAAGGUCGUGUGCGACCUGAUCGAGGAGAAGCGCCCGCCCGGCCUGUUUGCCGCCCUCAACGACGCGUGCGCGACGGCCCACGCCGACCCGACCGCGGCCGACAACUCGUUCUCGCAGCGCAUGGGCGGCAUCAGCAACCCGCAGUUCGAGCCGCGUGGGUCCAAGUUCCUCGUCAAGCACUACGCCGGCGACGUCAUGUACACGGUCGCCGGCAUGACCGACAAGAACAAGGACGUCCUCCUCAAGGACAUCCUCGACCUCAUCGCGUCCUCGAGCAACCAGUACCUCCAGGGCCUCUUCCCCGACCGGCCCGACCCGGACAGCAAGAAGCGCCCGCCGACCGCAGGCGACAAGAUCAAGUCGUCGGCCAACGCCCUCGUCGAGAAGCUCAUGCGCUCGCAGCCGCACUACAUCCGCACGAUCAAGCCCAACCAGAACCGCUCGCCGUCCGAGUACGACACCAAGGCCAUCCUGCACCAGAUCAAGUACCUCGGCCUGCAGGAAAACAUCCGGGUUCGCCGAGCCGGUUUUGCCUACCGCAACACGUUCGAGAAGAUGGUCGAGCGCUUCUACCUCCUGUCGCCCGCCACGUCGUACGCCGGCGACUACAUCUGGCAAGGCGACGCGCGCACCGGGUGCGAGCAGAUCCUCAAGGACACGGGCGUCGCGCGCGAGGAGUGGCAGAUGGGCACGACCAAGGCGUUCAUCAAGAACCCGGAAACGCUGUUCGCGCUCGAGACGAUGCGCGACAAGUACUGGCACAACAUGGCGGCGCGCAUCCAGCGGUGCUGGCGGGCCUACCUGCGCCGCAAGGAGGACGCGGCGCGCACGAUCCAGCGCUUCUGGCUCAACAAGAAGGAGGGCAUCGUCUACGCCCAGCAGCGCGACUACGGCCACCAGAUCCUCGGCGGCCGCAAGGAGCGUCGCCGGUACUCGCUCGUCAGCAUGCGCAAGUUCCUGGGCGACUACCUCGCCGUCGGCGAGCGCGACAGCGUCGAGGGCUCGCGCCUGCGCAGCGCCGCCGGCAUCGCCUCCAACGAGGCGGUCGCGUUCAGCUCUCGGGCCGACCUCCUCGUCUCGAAGCUCGGUCGGUCGUCCAAGCCGAGCCCGCGGUACCUCAUCCUCACCGACAAGGCCGUGUACCUCCUCAUCUCGACGGCCGUCCAGGGCCAGGUCCAGACGUCGCUCGAGCACAAGAUCCCGCUCGUCACCAUCCGCAGCGUCGGCCUGUCGAACCUGCGCGACGACUGGAUGGCGCUCAACACGACGAGCCAGGAGGAGGGCGACCCGCUCAUCUCGUGCCCGUUCAAGACCGAGUUCCUCGUCCACCUCCAGCAGCGCACCAACGGCGCCGUCCAGGUCAACAUCGGCCCGUCGAUCCAGUACUCGAAGAAGAAGGGCAAGACGGCGACGAUCGCGUUCAAGAAGGACGAGUCGAUCCAGCGAGGCGACGUGUACAAGUCGUCGACCGUGUCGGUGCCGUCGGGCAUGCCGGCCAACAGCCAGUCGGACCCGCCGUGCGCCCGCAAGCCCAAGCAGAAGAAGGCGCCCGUCGCGAAGCAGAGCAACGUGCGUCCUCUCUCUCCUUCUCGAUCGUCCCUCUCAAGAUCGUCACUGACACUCUUGCCCCGCCGCACGCAGCGCCCUGCAGGAGGGCAGCGUCCCGCAGCUCGCAACCUCCCCGUCCAGUCGGGCGGGUUCGGCGGCGUCAAGCCGGCUCCUCCCGCCGGCAUUGCCGCUGCCGCCUCUGCUGCACCUGUCGCUCGAGCCGCACCCGUCGCACCGGGCGCCGGUCGUGCUGCCCCGCCGCCGCCGUCGCGAGCGCCGGCCCCACCUCCUCCUUCCGAGCCCGAGGUCGAAAAGUACAAGGCGCUCUUCACGUUCGAGACGGACCAGCCGGGCGAGCUCGCCCUCACCAAAGACGAGCAGCUCGAGGUCGUCACCAAGGACGACGGCGGCUGGUGGCUCGUCAAGCGUGGCUCGCAGGAGGGUUGGGUGCCGUCCAACUACCUCCAGCUCGUCCCGCCCAAGCCCAAGCCCGCCGCCGCACCUCCCGCGCCACCGUCCAUCCCGUCCAAGCCGUCGAUCCCGAAUGGCCGCCCCGCCGCACCGCCCAUCCCUGCCGUGACGUCCUCCGCACGUGCACCCCCUCCUCCUCCUGCGCCUCCCGCACCCGGCGGCGCAGGUCGCGCCCCGCCGCCGCCCGCGCCGCCGGCCUUUGGCGGCGCCCGUGCCCCGCCUCCUCCUCCCGCGUUCGGCGGCGCACGCGCACCUCCUCCUCCUCCCGCGCCGCCUCGUGCAGGUGCGGGAGCCGGGCGCGCCCCGGGCCCGCCGCCGCCGCCGCCCGCGCCGCCGAUGCGCGCCAACGGCGGCGGCGGCGGCCCUCCUCCCCCGCCGCCGCCUCCUCCGCCACCGAUGGGUGCUCCGGCCGCGCCUCCUCCUCCGGGUGGCGGCAUGGGCGGGCUCGUCAAGCCGUCCGCGGGAGCGCUCCAGGCUGCGCUGGCCAAGCGGGCCGGCCGCAAGCCAGCCGACGAGGACGACGACUGGUGAGCGAUUGCGGUCGAGCGAGAGUACUCUCGAGAACCUGGAAUGCCAAAGAGCGAGUUUGAGCCGUC